UUUCCUCAAAAAGGUUUGCAUCGUCUCCGCGAGUGGACAAGUUUGAAUUCAUUCACGUAUUGUGUUUGAAGGAAUCAUUAUUUUCCAUUAUUUUCCAAAUGGCAUAGUCGACAAACAAAUUUUUCUUGAGGAGUGAAUUCCUUGCAAACAUCUGGUGAUAAAUCAAUGAUCACCAUGGCUUGUAGAACCAGGUUCCUUCUCUUGACUAUAAUGUCACUGGCACUGCCAUACAAUGCUUUUGGAUUCCUUCCGCUAUCGGUGAAGGAUCAUUACUUUUCCGAUGCGUUGUUGCGAGAAAUCGUCGACCGCAUGGGAAAAGAUUUGAUCGAUCCAACAGAUACCUAUAUUGACCCAAUGGCUGACAUUCCAUCGCAUUUGGCUUUGAUGGCUCGAGCAUCUGACGAUCUCGAAGCUGAACAAAUGGACUAUGAUGCAUUGCUCGAUGGUAAUCCAAAUCCUUCACUCAGGGACCAGGAAUACCUUCAGCAUAGCUCUUUGUGGGGACAUCAAUUUGUAACUGGAGGCGGUGACGAAAGUCCACAUCGCUCCAAGGCCCACAUCAAAACCGACGCAACUCUUCCAGCUUAUUGCAAUCCUCCAAAUCCCUGCCCCUAUGGAUAUACCGAUGAAAACGGAUGCAUUUCGGAUUUUGAAAAUACUGCUGCUUUUAGUCGUGAAUAUCAAACUGCUCAGGAAUGCAUGUGCGAUGGUGAGCAUAUGUUCGACUGCCCCAGUGAAGAUACCAGCGAAGACACACGUCCACUGGCUUCCAAUUUGAAGACACUCUUGGCUAGACAAUUCCAUCCAUCCGAACACAAAAACCUCGUUUCAAAAAAGUUCCACCCUCAAGAGGAGAAUUUGAAUCCCUACUUGCAGGGUGAUAAACUACCAGUUGCUGCUAAAAAAGGUAGUAACGUAUACUAAAGUCGGUAAACCGCAACAAUCAUAAAA